AUGAGCCACGCUGUCCCCGAUCUAGACUCAAUAGGCAUCAAAGCCGACCAUGAUCUGGCCGACCAAUUCCGCCGUGAAGUCGCCAACCUUCUUUCGCGCAACAACCUGAACUUCCCCGGUGCACAGCCUGUCAGCUUCUCGUCAAAACAUCUCACCGAGCUGCAGCGUGAGGACUACUAUGUCUGCGAGAAGACAGACGGAAUCCGCUGUCUGAUGUACUUUGCGCGCGGAGACCCCAACUCUGAACAGCCGGAGAUUCACUAUUUAAUUGACCGCAAGAACGACUAUCGAUACGUACCGGGCUUGCACUUCCCGCUUCCCAACGACGACACCUUCCAGGGAUUCCACGUCGACACCUUGGUCGAUGGCGAGCUUGUCAAUGACACAUACGAUGAUGGGAGCACCCAACUGAAGUACCUGGUCUUUGAUUGCCUGGUGCUAGAUGGACAGAGCUUAAUGCACCGUACACUGGACAAGCGAUUGGCAUACUUCAAGGAAAAGGUACUCAAGCCUUAUAGUGCCAUGUAUCGCAAAUUCCCGGAAGAAAAGCAACAUCGGGCUUUCGCCGUCGAGGAUAAAUCGACUCAAUUCAGCUAUGGCAUCGAGAUGAUGUUCCGCGAAAUUAUUCCCAAGGUCAAACGCAUCCACGGAAACGACGGUCUGAUCUUCACCUGCCGCAGCACUCCAUACCGUAUUGGCACGGAUGAGCACAUCCUCAAAUGGAAGCCUCCCCAGGAAAACACCAUUGACUUCCGAAUGCGCCUUGAGUUCCCGACGCUUGAGCCAGAUACCGAAGACGAGGCUGAGGGUAUCCACGAACCUUUCCUAGACUAUGACGCCAUUCCAAUUUGCCAUUUGUUUGUGAUGCUCAGUGCGGGCGAGUACCGUCAUUUCGGAGAGAUGCACGUGGAGCCACAGGAAUGGGAGAACCUCAAAGCCAUGCAGGUUCCCCUCGACGACACGAUUGUGGAAUGUGCCAAAGACCCAGAGGGACGUUGGCGGUUCCACCGUCUGCGCGAUGACAAAAACGAUGCCAAUCACAUCUCUACGGUUGAGAAGGUCCUUGAAAGUAUCGAGGAUCGUGUCACUGAGGAUGACCUCAUUCGUCUUGCUCCGGUCAUUAAGACGGCCUGGAAAAAGCGCCAGCAGGGCAUGGCUGCAGGAGAUGAGGAGAAAAAGCGGAGAGCCCAAGGCAUACCGGGCAACCCUAAUGGCGUCAAACGAAAGUAUGAGGAGUGA